AUGGAUCGGUCCUACGACGCGGUCAACGGGAAAUGGCGUGAUCUUUGCGCGAUUUGCACAAAGUUUAAUGGCAUAUUUGAAAAUCUAAAAAAUAUGCAUAAAAGUGGUUCCAACGAUUUCAACAUUUUAUCAACCGUGUGCUACCAAUUCAAAGUGACCAACAACGGUAAACCAUUUGGUCACCAAAAAGCAUGGGAAGUUUGUCGUCAAGGUCCAAAAUGGGUCCUUAAUCCGGAGACAUCGCAUUCGGACUCGACCACCGGCUCCAACAAAAGAGCAAGAACUUUUGAAUCGGACACAGGUUUUGGGUUAAACCUCAAUGAUGACGUCGAUGUUGCCGAGGGAGACGGUCCACCUGAAGUCCAACUCCGUCGACCACCGGGAAGGGACAAAGCAAAACGGGCGACGUCUUCAAGCGGGAAAGCAACCACAACUAGUGACAACGGGCUUGUGGAAUCAAUAGAUAAAACUUUAAGUUUUCUAGAAAAAAAAUACGAAUCCACGGAGGAAGCUCGUCGCCAAAAAAUCGCUCUUACCGAUCUUCAAAUCAUAAAACUCGAAGCCCCUACCGGAUCUCGACCCAGAAAAUCUCGCGACAUUUAUCAAAAUCCAACAACGUGUCCGUGCUAA